AUGUUGAUCGCCUGCCGUCGCUACUGCGUGGCAGUGCCGCUUCACCAGUUUGCUAGCUUAGACAAAUUAUCCAAGCGUGUAGAGAAGGACGGAGCGGAAGGUUACAAACUGACGGUUUCCGGAGGAUUUUCUCGCGUUGACGCUAUCUUUAAUGUUGCCGCCAUUCUUAUUGUUGAUAUUGUUAUUGCUGCUGCUGCUGCUGCUGCUGCUGAUGAUGAUGAUGAUGAUGACGAUGAUGAUGAUGAUGAUGAUGAUGAUGAUGAUGAUGAUGAUGAUGAUGAUGAUGAUGAUGAUGAUGAUGAUGAUGAUGAUGAUGGUGAUGAUGAUGAUGAUGAUGAUGAUGAUGAUGAUGGUGAUGAUGAUGAUGAUGAUGAUGAUGAUGAUGAUGAUGAUGAUGAUGAUGAUGAUGAUGAUGAUGAUGAUGAUGAUGAUGAUGAUGAUGAUGAUGAUGGAUGA